GCGCAGCUCAGUUUGCGACUGGGAUCAGCACGAAGCGAAUUGAUCCGCACAAUUUCUCUCUGUCUCUGGCUUUAAUCGAGGUCCCAAAACAAACAUGGAGGCAAGCUUGUUCCGUCGGAUUGGCACCGUCUAUUUUGUGCUUUGCUUCAGCGCCAUGGCAUUUGCCGCCAUUGCCUACUUCCGAAGGGUAACCGCCCGCUACGAGGAGGCUUGCGUCGAAUCCUGUGAACAUGGUAUGGUGGACUUGGUGCUGCUUGCGAGUUGUACGACAGUCUGUGUCCUAUCGACGUUCUUCCUUGUUUUUGUGCUGGUUGGAAUUCGUGACAAAGCACCGGGUCACAUCACAUUCAACAAGAUAUUUAUGCUGGUACGCAACUGCGUGCUGGCGGUCCGAUGGAUUUACGAAAUCAUCGAGGUGACGAUCUAUCACAUCCACGACGACGGCCAAGGGAAUACGGGCGACACGGUGAUUACGAAUUCGGUGCUUCUCGUUGUUGUGCUAGUGGUCAUUACACCAGUGGAGAUGUACGUUCUGAGCGGAAUCGAGCGUGACACCAGACAAAGACUUCGUGAAAGGGAGUCCAAGAAGGAGAACUGUGCGAAUGGCGAUGCCAGCGUAUGUGUCGAAAUGAUGCCCCUGGAUGGCAAAAGUUAGAAUCGGAUAGACGACCAAUACUUAAAAAAAUGUUGCUCUCUGUGAAGAUGGGUCAGGAUCUUCAUAUCCAGUUCUAGUCUAGUCCAGAAGGAUUCUGUCGAGUGAAAAUUAAGUGCAAAGUAUUAUGGAACCAAAAAAAUAUCGCUCGCUAUCGGAUGAGCCAACAAAGACAUCCUUCCUAUUAGUAAUUAUGAAUUAGUGAUGAUUUUUAUUGAUUAUGAACACUACCGAUCAUGUGUAUGAUCAUUUAAUUUGUAAGACUAUGUUCAAUGUAUGAUAUUAUCGAUUUACACAACCCUGCAAGAUUGGGUAUCAG